GAGGCCGAUUCUUGUUGUUGCUCUGCCCAAAGGCGUCACGAAAUUUGACGGCACACGUUUGACCCCACGCCUGUCCGUCAUGCCAGCCACCGCAGUCGACGACGGAAACGAAAAACAGCAAUUAGUGAUAAGCUGCAUAGUCAACGCUGCGGAGUAUCUCAGGUUGACGCGGUAAUUUGUCUUGCAUAUUUUCCUAUUUGUAAAGUGUUGUUCUCAUUUUUCCUUUGUAUUGCUGCUGUACGGUCUGUGGCUGUGCAUCGACCACGUGCACAAGCGCGAUCAUUCUGCUUUCUCUCGAUUGACUCGACUCCACACCGUCUAGGACUCACUCCACUGCGCAGCUUAAGAUUCUUUUGUUCUCAAUUCUGAUUCAUUAUCACAUCUCCUUACCCGAGAGACGGUAUUACUUUUUCCAAUGCUCCCGCUGAGAGUGCAGAUCCCGGUGUUGAAGCAAGGAGCGAUCAAAAAUGGUGCGUGGUCGACCCGUGUUCUCACCAUCGACGUCGCCACGGCUACCGUCACCAUCAGCCGGCACAAUCACCCGAACAACAUCCUCUACCACUCGCUGCGAGUAGAGCGCAUACAGAUGUGGCCACGCUUUGCCCAGUCGAGCAUCACGGAGAACUUCAACUCGCUGGAGGCACAGCUGACACUGCGCAUGAUGGGCGAGGUCGUUGCCGUUCCGAAGUUUUCAGGUGAGGCCUCGACGGCUAUGGAAGGCGGUGGCGAUGCGCCGCAGCAAAUGCCGUCUUCCUUGUCCUCGCCCGCCACGUCGGCCUUGAUUUCACCGAACACCGCGGCGGCGCCAGCUGGCUUCUCUGUCACAAACAGUGGCAGCGCAAAGCAGAGCCGGCCGCUGACGUCCAGCAUGAACUGGAUGUCCGAUGCGUGGUUCAUUCAGUUCACCACCUUUGAGUCCUUGGAGCUGGCGGUGCGGCUGCUGCUGCGAAUGCGAAAUAAAGAGAGCGUUGAGGUACGCCAGUUCUGUCCGUACGCGGAAGAGGACCUGAAGCGAAUCAAGACAGCCUGGAUGAAGCAGCGCAGCGUUGUUGACGUGAGCGUGGGAGGGGCGAUCGUUUGA